CAUGUAGUAAUCGGCCCGUGCUCGGCUGCCCCGCGGUACCUGUGGCUCAGAAUCGGCAUCGGCAUUUGUUAACCGGGCCAAGUGUGGCUCGCAGCUCACUCUGGCACAUGCAGUUUUGUUACGACUGUAAAGCACUGGGCCGAUUCAUGUUUACCGUAUCUGUCUGUAGAGAUCCGGGCCACUUCUGGAAAUGACUCGGCUUAAGUUCAAAGGAUGGUUUUCAAAGAAGCAAUAAAUUAACAAAAAAAUAUUUUAAAAGUGACAUAAAUUCCUGAACGUAUCUGAAAAUGUGCUAUCUACUCGUCGAAUGUCGUGAACUUGUCCAAAACAAAAUAUCUAGGGUAAAACUUAUAAUUUUAAAUAAUAAUAUUAUUAUAAAAGUAAUAAUAUAUUGUGUCGUUUUGCACAGUUUUCUUUAAUAUUUAUAACCAUUUAUAACAACAUUUUUUGUAACGAAGCAUGCAGAUUAUGAUUUACAUUAUUUUUAACAUGUAUGCACGCUCAGGUGACAUCAUCAGUGGGAGGGGCCUCAUAGCCUUCCUGUGGUGAUCACUAUGUUUUUGCAGCUUGGACGAAAAAACAACAACAAUGGAUUAUUUAGCAAGACAUAAAAUGGGAUCAUCUCAGAAUAAAUGGCCUACUGAUUGGACGACGGCCAUUGAAUGGACGAUAAAGAUGUACAGGUGUAGCGUUCACGCAGAGAUUCAGUUUCACAAGUUCAACAACCGCUCAACGUUGGAUUGCAAUCGCAAAGAUUUUUUUGAAAAUGUUCCAUAUUGUGGAGUUCACUGAAUCAUCUGAAGUAGAAGUUGUGCCAUCUUCAUGGGUGCAUAAUGGUAUCUGUGCUUGGCCGACUUACAAAUCUAUGGCUAAGAUCCAAAAGGCUGUAACACUGCAAGAAUCUCCUAAUAGUACUUGGUCUGCCUUCAAGGUUCGAAUUAUUCAUACAACAGACACCUUUCAGGAAGCUCGGCUCAAACUUCCACAGGCAACUCUGAUGUCUGACUUGCAGACGGAUGAUGAUGACGAUGAUCGUCCAGCAAACACAAGAAGAAAGAACAGAGGGAACAAAAGAAACCACUCAAGUGAGUGUGACGAAGACAAUUUCUUUGCCAGCAAGAGACUGGAAAAAACGAGUCGAAUUCAGGAUCAUUCAGAAGUUGUUGCAGCACCACAAAUACCCUCACCACCACUGACUAUGGUAGACGACCUGAGAACUCCAUCCAGACGUGCAUUUGGUAUUACAAGUCCCAACACCUCUAGGAAUAAUUUAAGUCCAUGUACCAGUGCAGUUGGUCAAGAUGGAGACAGCACCUGUUGCAGUUCUUCAUGUGUUUCCCUGCUGACUGAAGUUUUUAAAGCACAAGAGAUCAUCAAGCAACAACUUGUCAUGGUUCUUAAAAAUCAGCAAAAACAGAACAGUGCUCAGUCACAGAGUGAUGAAUUUCCUGACAUCAGUUCAUUCAACCUUCCUUUGUCAGAUUUAUCUGAUCUGGAAAGGCUUGAAAAUCAAAUUAAGGAUCAGCCAGAACACAUGAAGAAGUUGGUGACCUACUUUGGAAUUAUUGGGGGGUUUUCCACCAAAGAAGCUGUGUGGCGUAUCCUGGGAAAGCUUUUGGUGAACUCUUUGGCUAAAAAAAUUAACUGGAGUGGUGCAAACCAAAAAGUGGCAUUUCGUGCAUUGGCCCUCAGGACUGUUGUAGUCAAUGCAGUGAGGGCAAAUGCCCAUACCAAGAUGUCCACUGAUAAAAUACAUAACAAGAUGGUUACAACUUGCUCCUGACAGGGAUGGAGGAAGGAAGGAAAGGGCUAAAUCAAAAUCUAACUUUUAAUUAAAGGAUUAGUUCACCUCAAAAUGAAAAUUUCAUAAUUUACUCACCCCAAUGCCAUCCAAGAUAUCCAUGUCUUUGUUUCCUCAGUGGAAGAGAUGUUGCUUUUUUUGAGAACAUUUAUGAAUGUUUUUUUUUAAUAAGGACUUCAAUGGGCUCCAACGUUUUGCAGUCCAAAUCAA